CAGGACCCGUCUAUCAGAGGAAUCUUUCAUUUCUCAGGUAAAGAGCAGAUGACUAAAUAUGAGAUGGCCGUCGCGAUCGCUCAGGCCUUCAACCUGCCGUCCAGCCACCUCAUCCCUCUGACGGAGCAGCCAGCGGCGUCGACUCUUCGUCCGAUCAACAGCCAGUUAAACUGUUCCCGCCUGGAGCUGCUGAACCUGAGCGUGGAGCCGCGACCUUUCACCUCCGCCAUCAUCGACUGUCUGUGGCCGUUCACACCGGACAAACGCUGGAGACAGACAGUCUUCCACUGACAGACGGGUGGAGGGAGACAGACUGACGAGUGGAGGGAGACGGGUGGAGGGAGACAGACUGACGAGUGGAG